AUGAGGCAACAGUUUCCUUUCCUGAAACAUAAAGGCAGGGAAAGGGAAGCACCAAAUCUCCUCCUGCAGCCCAACAAGGGGAAGGAUAACAAAGGCAUGCAUGUAGACAAGCAGAGUGGCUUUUCUACUACUGCUCCACUGAACUCUCAGCCCUUACUGCUCCUGGGACCUGAGGGGAAUUACAACUAUUAUGUGGACGAUGAAGAUGAGGAAGAGGAAGAGAAAGAACAAGGAAAAUGGCCAAGUGGAGACAUAUUUGAGAGAGAAAACAAGCCCUGGUCAUCAAUUCCUUGUUCCCCUGCCCUUUCCUGUGGAGCCCCAGCUACGCCUUCGACUUCAUCUGUGCUGAACAUCAACGUCGGCGGCCAAAGCUACCGCCUCACCUACCAGGCAGUGGCCAUCUAUCCCAAGACCCGCCUGGGCCGCCUGGCUACCUCCACUGACCGUCGCUGCCAGCUGGGCCUAUGCGAUGACUACGCUGCCCAGGUAGAUGAGUAUUUCUUUGACCGGGACCCAGCUGUCUUCCAGCUGGUGUACAACUUCUAUGCCUCGGGGGUGCUGCGUGUGCGGGACGAGCUGUGCCCCUGUAGCUUCCUGGAGGAGCUGAGCUACUGGGGUGUGCGGCUCAAAUACACACCUCGCUGUUGCCGCAUCUGCUUCGAGGAGCGCCGUGAUGAGCUGAGCGAGCAACUGAAGGUCCAGCGCGAGCUGCGCUCCCAGGCAGAGUCUCAGGAGAAUGAGCAGCUCUUCCACCACAUGCGCUACUAUGGUCCCCAGCGCUGGCGCCUCUGGAACCUCAUGGAGAAGCCCUUCUCCUCUGUCACCGCCAAGGUAAUGGCAGUGGCCUCCAGCUUCUUUGUGCUCAUCUCCGUGGUGGCCCUGGCACUCAACACAGUGGAGGAGAUGCAGCAGGUAGACCGGAAGAGCGGGGAGAGCCGGCCUGUCUUGGAGCACAUUGAAACCCUGUGCAUUGUGUUCUUCACACUCGAGUACCUGCUGCGCUUGGUCUCUACCCCAGACCUGCGCCGCUUUGCCAGCAGCGCCCUCAAUGCUGUAGACCUCAUUGCCAUCCUGCCCCUCUACCUGCAGCUGCUGCUCGAAUGUUUUGCUGAUGACGACCAGCCCCGAGGUCGGGGCUCUCAGCACGAGCACGAUAUCGAGAAGGUGGGACGGGUGGGCAAGGUGGGACAAGUGCUUCGCAUCAUGCGCCUCAUGCGCAUCUUCCGCAUCCUCAAGCUGGCCCGCCACUCCACAGGGCUGCGUGCCUUCGGCUUUACCUUGCGCCAGUGCUACCAGCAGGUGGGCUGCCUUUUUCUCUUUAUUGCCAUGGGCAUCUUCGCCUUCUCUGCCAUGGUCUACACAGUGGAGCAUGAUGUCUCCAGUACCAACUUCACCAGCAUCCCCCAUGCUUGGUGGUGGGCUGCCGUCAGCAUCUCUACAGUAGGAUAUGGAGACAUGUGUCCAGAAACUCACCUCGGCCGCCUGUUUGCUUUCCUCUGCAUUGCGUUUGGAAUAAUCCUGAAUGGCAUGCCCAUCUCCAUUCUCUACAACAAAUUCUCAGACUAUUACAGCAAGCUGAAGGCCUACGAGUACACAGCUCUCAAGAAAGAAAGGGGGAAGGUGGACUUCACACGGAGAGCCAUGAAGAAAAUAUCUGAAUGCUGUGCAGAAGGUGCAACCCACCCUUCGUCACAGCACUGA